AGCCCCUGACGAAGCUGGAGCGAGGCUGCGGGACGCGACGGACCCGGAGCGAGGCAGCUGCUGCAGGAUCAUCGUCCUCCUCCUCCUCCUCCUCAUCAUCCUCCCGCCGUGCGGCUGAUUGCGUGCCCUCACCUGUGACACCGGCUGGAAGGAGGUUUCCGGGACGUCAGGAUGAAGAUGAACAUGUAACAAUAGAAGCGUCGCUACUGGACUCCAGCGUUAACACUGAUAAAUAAACCGAAGGCGGUGUGAAUGAUCGGGACUAAUGGACUUAUUCUCAGCAUCUCCUGAGGGUGCAUGAGGAAAACCAACAGGGGAACACCAGCUGCUUCAGGCUAAUUAAACCCCGUCCUGCUCCGCGGUUCACCAGAGAUCUUAUUAAUUUGCUGCUGAUUUACUGUGUGAUUUCUGCCGCUGUGCCCCCUCCUUCGCCCUCCGGCCUGUGGGAAACGCCGCCGCUCAGCUCAAUCUGCCGCGACGACGCCAUGUGAUCGUCCUCGGCACUUAGAAAUCGAACCAGUCCGACCUUCCGAACGCUCCCCCCCCGCUUCCACGAUGGGCGACGCCAACUACUGGGUGGCCGACUACGACCCGUCCACGCCGGCGCCGCCCGGCUUCGCCCGCGGCCCGCCGGCGCUGCACCCCGUGGCGGCGCCGCCGGAGCAGGGCGCCGUGUGCUUCGUGGGCCUCCUGGUGCUGCUGCUGCUCUUCCUGGUGGUCCGCUGCGUCCGCAUCCUGCUGGACCCCUACAGCAGCAUGCCCAGCUCGUCGUGGACAGACCACCAGUCCAAGUCCGGCCUGGAGAGGGGGCAGUUCGAUUACGCGCUGGUGUGACAGCGCGGCGACGAGGAGGUACUGACCUCCCGUUGUAGAUAUUUGUCGUCUUAGGGGAGGAAUUCAGCGACAUAACGCAAGCUGCACACUGUCUAAGCAAGCCCCAGUCUAACACACAACACAGAGAUGUGACUGGAGCCUUUUUAGUGACAAACACCGGCGGAGGAUGACAAUCCGCCUCCCAGAAUCACAUUAUGGCUCCUGUUCAUCACGUCAGAUUGUGAGGCUCUAAUGAUUUUACGAACCCCAGAGUUGAAUUACAACCAGAGAGCGGAGCGGCUGCAAAAAGCUUCCGAUUGAAUGACAGGGAAAUGGGAAAAGUUUAAAGCGGACAUAAAAAAGGAUUUCAGCAUCGCCAGUGUAGCGGAUCCGGAAACGAGGCCGUAAACGCCGCGUUGAUUUGCUGUAACGUGACCUUUAUGGACGUUUUAGCCGCUUCGCGUCUAGAAGAUGUCAACCUAGUUUCUCAGAAGCUCAAAACCUUGCGUGGUUGUUUUCCAAAUGAUCCUCAGGUAAAAUGCUUAACCAAAGCCCCUUUAGAGGGUACGCUGUAUCUUUAUUUCAGCCCUUGCUGCUAUUUGUAUCAGUCUAUUUCUUCUAAAUUCAUUGUGUUCUCAGUCUCCAUUCCACCUUAAACCCUAAUGUUAAUAAUACAUAACCAUUGUAUUUGGGGUUUUGCUCUCCCAUCCCUUUAAGAGGCUUAUGAGGCUCAGCGUGGAGGCUCACAGUGCUGACCGAGUUAUGUGUCAUAUUAAGUUAUGAUUAUUAAAAGCGUGUACACCAAUUUCCUCCCCCUAAUCCUUUUUGCCUCCGCGCCCCGUCCAGUGCAGCCAAAUCUCUUCAACAGUGCCUGUAGGAAUAUGAGAAGAGCUGAUAUUGAUUUUAUUAGAAUUAUAUUUCUGCUCCUUUUGCCACUUGUUUUAUAAUAUAACAUUUUGCCCUUAAUAUACUAAAAAGCCCUUUUGAAAAACAACUUUAGUUCAAUUUCAACAUUGUUCCAUGUUCUACUUUCCUGAAUAGAGCUAUUUUCCUAAUGUUUCUUUAAAGUGGCAUUUUUUUAUUGAAGUAAAAGCUUUUGUCUUGUCCUGGUUUCCAUUGCAGUCUAAUUGCUCCACACAUCUGCAAAACACACACUACAAGCCACUUCAAACCCAGCAAUAUCUGACCUCACGCUGUCUCUCAGGUCAAUAGUGAGAAGAGUUAAAGCAACUUGAUCAAUCAAAUAAUCUAUCGGAGGCCCGUAAAGAGACAAGCCAAGUUAAUUUACGGGGUAGAUUGCCUCCGCUGAUGAAAUACAAUCUCAUCAACACUGCGAAGCACCAGCUUCAUUAUCUGUGGUGUUUUUUUUUUCAAAACAGCCACAUCAAUAACCACAAUAAGAAAAUUAAAAGCACUAAACAAGGUUUUGUGACACUUGAAGUGAUUUAAAGUCACACCUCAGAUGCUGCUCUUCAUGCAUGCCGGGAUGACUGAUCAGCAGCAACCUCUGCUGGAGGCUUUGGGAACUGCAACUCCAUCAGAGGCCGAUAUUUCUGCUUUCCAGCGAAAUGCCUGUAUUUUUUCAUUAAUAAAUUUGUUUCAAACACUUUUGCCAUUAUCUAGUGACACUACCACCGAUCUUAGCUCUACUUUUUAUGUUUUAAUACAUUCUAAGACCAGACAAACAGGUGACGUGGUAAGUGUUGCUGACUGGACCCAAACAGGCCUCUACACUGUGCAGCUGAUCAGACUCACACGGUUGGAGAUGCACCAGCACCUCAUUAGUCCAGCGAUUUCCAGGUCACGUUUGUGCUUCAGCGGGUUCUGACAAUGUGCUUCCCAGAAAAAAAGCAGGAGUUGUCAGAGCUCAUCACUUUGUCUUUGGUGCAACCACACACACAUAAUGUACAACCACACACGAACAAAUGCCUCAACACAUACAUGUGCACACAAAUCUUCAAAAAAAGCAGGCACACUAAAAAAAACCUGAUGGUGGAUAUUUUAAUGUGUACAAAAGUCAUAUUCCUGUUGUAAUUCAAGAGAACUAA